CGGGGUUGGUGGAGGCGGAAGCGUGAGGGGCCCGGAGGAGCCAUGGGGGUGAAGCUGGAGAUCCUGAGGAUGUUCCUGUACCUGUCCUUCCCCAUUGCCAUGUUCUGGGUCUCCAACCAGGCCGAGCUCUUCCAGCGUCACGUGAUCGAGCGCAAGAGGGAGCUUUUCCCGCCGGACACCCCGGAACGGCGCCAGGCCAUGGCUGAGCUGAAGCAGCGGCUGCGGGAGAGGAAGGGGAGCCAGGCCUGAGAGGACAGCGGGGACACGGCGGUGACACCGUGGGGACACUGCAGGGACACCAGGGACACGGCCACCAUGGAGACACAGGCCUGAGGGGACAGCGGGGACACGGUGACACCGUGGGGACACUGCAGUGACACCAGGGACACAGCCACUGUGGGGACACAGGCCUGAGGGGACAGCGGGGACACGGUGACACCGUGGGGACACUGCAGGGACACCAGGGACACGGCCAC